AUGCAUCGCCCUUUCGACACGUACGAUGGCCUCGCCGUCGCCCAAAUCAUCCUCUACGUCGUCUUCCUCGCCGGCGCCGUCUUCCUCUGCCUCAAGCACGGCUUCCUCAAGUCCGCCGGCUGGCGGUACCUCCUCGUCCUCGGUCUCGUCCGCAUCAUCGGCAGCGCGCUGCGCCUCGCGACCAUCUCCGCGCCCACGGACCAGAACCUGUACGUUGGCUGGCUCGUCCUCAACGGUCUCGGCCUCGGCCCGCUCAUCCUCAUGCUGCUCGGCCUCCUCUCGCGCACGUUUGAGUCGAUGCGCCGCAACGGCCACGACGUCGUCAAGCCGCUCUUCCACCGCGCCAUCCAGACCCUCAUGCUCGUCGCCAUGAUCCUGCUCAUCGUCGGCGGCUUCAGCUCCACGUUCACCGUCGGCGCGGGCGGCGCGCCGCAGGUCAGCUACGCCGAGACGAGCAAGGUGGGCAGCGGCCUCAUGAUUGGCGUGUUUGUGCUGCUGUGCCUGGAGACGCUGCUGGCGCUGCUCAACCAGGGCUACGUCACGCAGGGCGAGCACCGCAUCGUCUUCGCCGUCGUCGCGUGCCUGCCGUUUGUGCUGGUGCGGCUCGUGUACAGCGAGCUGCUCGUCUUUGCGCACGUGCGCUCGACGGCGUGGCUCAUGCUCGCCAUGGAGGUCGUCAUGGAGGCCAUUGUCGUGGUCAUCUGCGAGGCUCUCGGCUUCUCGCUGGCAAAGGCGCCCGAGGAGAGCAAGUCGGCGGACGUCGAGGCGCAGUCGAUGCCCGCGUACGGCAACAUCCAGUCGCAAAACGGGUAUUCGAUGCACGAGUUUCCGGCGCGCAAGACUCGUCGUGAGCGGAAGCGCGAGCGUCGCGAGCGCCGAUAG